UCGGCAGUCUUGCCAACCCUGACGAACCAAUUCCGCUGUCUUGCUGUCUGUCAAACUGACAGCUCGCGAGCUGUCAUCGCUGUUUCUGCCCUUGCCGGACCUUCUUUUCGGUUGUUCCUUUCUUCCCGAACGAUCAGCCGCGUGUUGUACUCUGAUCAAAUAAGCUAAAAUGGUCCCGCGUCCAGCUUAUAAGCCCAAGAUCGUCAAGAAGCGGACGAAGAAGUUCAUCCGCCAUCAGUCCGAUCGCUAUGACAAGCUUGCCCCCAACUGGCGUAAGCCGAAAGGUAUUGACAACCGAGUGCGCCGUCGCUUCAAGGGUCAGUACCUGAUGCCAAACAUCGGUUACGGAUCGAACAAGCGCACCCGCCAUAUGCUCCCCAACGGCUUCAAGAAGUUCCUGGUCCACAACGUGCGCGAGCUGGAGGUGCUGAUGAUGCAGAACCGCGUCUACUGUGCCGAAAUCGCCCACGCCGUGUCGUCCAAGAAGCGCAAGCAGAUCGUCGAGCGCGCGAAGCAGCUGGCCAUCGCUGUGACCAACCCGAACGGCCGCCUGUGCUCGCUGGAGAACGAGUAAGCUCCCAGGAGUUUAUUUUCUAUCUGUGCGAAUGUGUGACGGGCUUUGGUGCCCAAUUUCGGAACGUCGGUAUGAUAAGCUGGGGUUUUGGAACUUUCUUUAUAAGUGAGAAAUAUGAGAUACAGAGGAGUUAAUUAAA